AUCAAACCACAAAUAUUCCCCUUUCUCCCAAAACCUCAAACCAAUAGAACUAUGCUCUUUCCUGAUCACGCAUCCUCUGCAACUUUCAUGGCCACUCUCUUCGCCUUUUUUCUGUUUCUCUUCUUCCUGUUAUGGAUAUUAAGAAGGUCCCAAAAAGCUGCUCGUAAACAAACACUUCCACUUCCACCAGAAGCUGGUGGCGCGUGGCCUGUGAUUGGUCACCUCCACCAAUUAGGCGGGACAAAACCAGCCCAUAUAACAUUGGGUAACAUGGCUGACAAGUACGGACCAAUCUUCACCAUCUGGCUGGGAGUACACCGAGCUCUGAUAGUGAGCAGUUGGGAGAUAGCUAAAGAGUGUUUCACCACGAAUGACAGAGCCUUUGCCAGCCGCCCAAAAGCUAUAGCUACAGAGCUCAUGGGCUACAACUAUGCCAUGUUUGCGUUCGGCCCAUAUGGUCCGUACUGGCGCCACGUGCGUAAAAUAGCCACCCUCGAGGUCCUCUCAAACCACCGUCUUGAGAUGCUCAAACACAUCCGGGAGUCCGAGGUAAAUACAUCUAUAAAAGAGAUAUACGAGCUAUGUGUUAAGAACAAAGACACGUUUGUAGAGAUGAAGAAAUGGUUUGGCUGCACAACCUUAAACGUUUUACUUAGGAUGGUUGUAGGGAAGCGAUUUGAUGGUGCUGCAAGCGAUCGAAAGGAUGAGAAUGAAGAUAACCAUCGGUGCCGGAAGGCAUUAAGAGAUUUCUUUGAGUUGUUCGGUACGUUUGUGGUAGCAGAUUCACUUCCGUAUCUAAGGUGGUUGGACUUGGGAGGGUACGAGAGGGCCAUGAAGCGAACGGCAAGAGACCUGGAUCAUGCGCUUGAAGGAUGGUUAGAAGAACAUAAGCAAAGGAAAGCCGUUUCCGGUGAGGCCAAGGAACACAAGGACUUUAUGGAUGUGAUGUUGUCUACUGUUAAUGACGACCAAGAGAUCUCCAAAUAUGAUGAUGAUACAACCACUAAAGCUACAUGUCUGGCAAUGAUCUUAGGUGGCUCAGAUACAACAACAGUAACACUAACAUGGGCUCUUGCUCUACUUCUUAACAACCGAGAAGUACUAAAGAAAGCCCAAGAAGAAUUAGAUGUCCAGAUUGGGAGGGAGAGGCAAGUGAAGGAAUCAGACAUGAAAAAUUUGGUCUAUCUCCAAGCUAUCUUCAAAGAAACACUGCGUUUAUAUCCUGCCGGACCGCUCUCUGUUCCACACGAGUCCAUGGAAGACUGCACUUUGGCCGGCUACCACGUCCCGGCAGGCACACGGCUACUUGUUAAUCUCUCAAAGAUCCAUCGAAACCCACAUGUGUGGUCUGAUCCAAAUGAAUUUCGUCCAGAAAGAUUCAUUACAACCCAUAAGGGUGUCGAUGUGCGGGGUCAACAUUUCGAACUGAUACCAUUUGGCAGCGGUAGAAGAAUGUGCCCGGGAAUCUCAUUUGCGUUGCAACUUACGCAACUCACACUCGCUGCCUUGUUGCACGCUUUUGAAAUUGCAAACCCGUUGGAUGAAGCUGUGGACAUGACUGAGCAAGUCGGACUUACCAACCUGAAAGCCACCCCACUCCAAGUCCAUCUCACUCCACGCCUUCCUGCUCAAGUAUAUGCAUAAUUUGAUCAGAUAUUUGAUACUAAAAUGCCAAGUCUACACGACUUCACAAUCAGAGUGCUCAAGGAUUUUCUUUUUCUUUUUCUUAUUUUAUUUUCUUCUUUUGAGGUGUGCUUAUGGUGAUUGUCUCAUGCAUGGAACUAAGAUCUUGUAUCUAGAAUUCAAAAAAUAAAGUAGGUAUAUCCACAUGCA